CCAACGAUCUAAUCUUUCAAAAUAUACAUGGGUGACUAUUCUGUGCAGCCAUUCGCAGAUCCAGACAACAAGGGUGAAAGUGCUAGCAGACUAAAAAUGAAAACUACUGGAUCAAAAAUAGCUACUCAAAGAAGACGACCAGUACUCUCUCUUAUGGGUAGAAAGAUAAAAGCCAAACAGAAGCAGCAUGCAGUGAACAGAACAGAUAAUCAAGUAGAAUCCAUUAGCCAGGAUAAUAUCUGUUACGAAACAAAAGGUCAAAUGCUUAUGAAUACUACAAGUCUCAGUAACAAGUAUCAGCCAAAACUCUUUCAGGAGAUUGUGGGGCAUACUGUUGUUGUCAAGACGCUGUCUAACGCCAUCCAGAAGAAAAAGAUUGCUCCACUUUAUCUUUUCUAUGGUCCCAACGGAACAGGGAAGACAUCCACCGCUAGAGUAUUUGCAAUGGCUUUGAACUGCGAAUCAACUUUUCAUAACACAAAACCUUGUUGCAGUUGCAAAGGCUGUUCAAGAAGCCUCUACACCAUGGACCUCUGUUCUGCAAAUUGUAUUUCCGGCUUUGAAAAAAUUAAAACACUCCUCCACAACACCUCAUUUAAUCAGGCGAUUCCAGGGUUGAAGGUUUUUAUCAUUGAGGAUUGUCACUUGUUAACUGUGGAUGCAUGGAAUGAGUUAAUGAGAUUAGUAGAGAACCCGUAUGCUACUAAUCUGGUGUUUCUGCUCAUAACUACACAUGCACAUUCCUUCACCGGAAAUAUCUCAUCAAGAUGUCAGAAGUUUUACUUCAGAAAGCUUCACGAUGAGGAAGUUGCCCAAAAGCUGUCAAGAAUUCUUGUCCAUGAACGUAUGGGGAUCGAGAAAGAAGCAUUGAAGCUCAUAGUUGCUAAAUCAGAAGGAUCUUUGAGAGACGCUGAAAAUAUAUUGGAUCAAUUGGCCUUGUUGGGGACGAGCAUCAAUACCUUAAUCGCCCAACAGCUGGUGGGUCUGAUCCCUGAAAGCAAGCUGCUAGAGUUGCUAGCUGUGGCGGUUUCAGGCAACACCAUGAACGCAAUAAGAUAUGCCAAGAAGCUGAGUGAAAGUGUUGAACCAGCAUCCUUUGUAUCUCAGCUAGCAAAUCUCAUCACCAACAUUCUCUCCGGAAGUCAAGUUCUGGAUUCAUCAUCUUCACCCUCACAAAGAAGUAGAUCGCAACUCAGCAAAACUCAGUCAGCAAGAUUGUGCUACAUCUUGAAGUUACUAGUUGAAACAGAAAGGAAACUCCGGUCUUCAAAUCACCAGACUUCAUCUAUAAUUGCAACUUUUCUAGAUAUCGCUUCCUUGAAGAAAGCCUCAAAAAGCAGAAUUCCUAAGCGUUCGUCAUAUUCCACAGAAAUAAGACGUGAACCACACACAUCUGUCGAACACCAAAGACAUGACGAGGGAAAAUCUAGUAGGGGAAGCUUAAGCGACAUGGAAAAGCUAUGGAAAGAUGUGCUGAAGGAAGUAGAAAACUCGCACACACAAAAAUUCCUACAAGACCAAGCAAAACUAGCUUUAUUGUGUAUCUCGAGGAUCAACGCUAUCGUACAUUUGACUUUUACGAAUCAAGACGACAAGACGGCGGCAGAAAUUUCAGAAGAAAGUUUAUCAAAAGCACUUGAAGUUGCUAUGGGAUGUCCAGUUAGUCUCCAUAUGAGCCUGGAACAAGAUGGUAAAAGUAGAACAAUGAGUGGAAGCCUUCCUUUGGCAUUCGACUACUUAGAUUCAAACAAGAACGAAGGGCAAUCAGAGGGCUUCAGACUCAGAAAAUCGAAAUCCUGCUCGACCUCUCAACGACCGCAUAGAUAUUCAGCAAAAGGAAGAGACCGAAACACAGGUCAACUCCAAAGUUUGACCAACAUGCUUGAAAAUCCAACUGCCGAAUACCGUCUAACUACUAAAGAUCCCCAAAGAACAAAGUUAGUACACCCAGGAGAUUCCAAAUAUGCAACACAAACCAUGAGACCCAACAGGUCCAGACACAGAUGGCUGUCUUUAUCUUCUAUCCCACAGAGCGAUGCAAGUGUUGAGCCCUAUAGUCAAGAUGUAAUAUAUGAAAAGUCAAACAAAGAUGGAGAGGAUGGAGUGAAGAAGAGUUCCAAAGACCGCCGUUUCCGAGAACCAUCUGCAGAUCAACUAAAAUCAAAUCUGGCAAGGAGUAGCGUUGACAUAUGUUGUUGAAGGCAUGAAAAAGUCCAACUUUUGUUAUCCAAAAAAAAAACAGCGCAACUAUGCUUCGAGUUAGUUUGGUAUUUUGGAACUAAAAGAGUGGAAUAUUCACAUAUGUAUAAAUUAUGUAUUUGACGAAUUCCAACGAACACACGUUGCAGACGCUUGAUCGGUUUUGCGUUUGU